GUUGAGGAUUAGGAUUUAGGAAGAAUCAGCAUUGAGCGAGAUGGGAGACGAGGCACGUGCAGGCACGUGUUGGGUGCUAACAAGUAACAAGUAACAAGUAACAAGUAACAACCACUCUUCAAAGUUAAAACCAAACACACAUCGCCGGCGAACUUAACCAGUAUCCGAUACUAGGCCGUAACGGUAAGCCCUGAACGAUUCAUGCCAAUCGAAUAACGAUGGAGAAGAUGCAGCACGCGGAGGAGCUGGUGAGGGAGUUUCUGGUGUUCCGCGGCUUCACCAACACUCUCGAAGCCUACGAGGCCGAAUUGCGCACCGACAUCGGAAAAGGCUUCGAGGUCGACAAGAUUCUCGACCUAAUCUUCUCCGUCUACGUUCCCAACUUCCACGCCGACAAGCUCCUCGCCCUCCUCCGCUUCUUCAAAAACUACCUCUCUUCCUCCUCCGACACGCCGCUCCUCUCCACGCUCUCCAAGCUCGAGGCCUCUCUCCUACGCUUCUACGUCGUCCACGCUCUGCACUGCAACCGCACCGACAAGGUCGUCGAGUUCUUCGCGCUCCACGGCACCGAAUUGUUGCAGAGGUCGCAGGAUUGGACUCACUGGUUCGCGAUUCCUUAUAAAAAGAACCCGCACUUGGAUCCCGAGUUUCGGGUUUUUUUCUCCAAGGAGUGGUACCAGGCUUUGCAUCUUUCUUCUAGAAACUUCUUUAGCGAGGUCUUCAAUGCUACUCGUCUACCUGCGCUGCUGAAGGUUAGUUCAGAGAUGAAUGCUAAUAACCUACUUAAACGAGAUGUGUUGCAUUUAAAUCUCAAGUUGUCACAACUUCAGGCUCUGCUUGAUGAGAAAGAGGCGCAGUUACGCCAAUUUAGAAGUAUGGAAGGGGGGGUUGGUUCAUUGAGCAAUUUGCGUGAAGAAAGUGCUCAUUUGUCGAAAGAUUCUCCUGAGGUUUUUCCAGCUGGUACAUCUGGUGUAAGUCAAACGGAGAUUAGCCAGGAUUUAGUUGUGGAUGGAGGGGGAAAUAUUCAUUCCGAGUUGAUUGGCUCCACCACCGACGAUGAUUCAACUUUUGCGUCGAGUGACCAUCUGAGAAAUGCAGCUGACAUUGCCACUCUAAAAGAAAAUGAUGAGGAAGAUUAUGAGGAAGAUUUUGCUGAGGUCAAAGUAGAACACCAGGAGACAUUUUUGGGGCACACCAGUCCAAUCAGUUGUUGUCGCUUCUCUGCAUCUGGAAACAAUAUUGCCAGUGCUUCUCUGGAUGGAACUGUCAGGAUAUGGACAUAUGAUACGUCAACUCCAGUGUCUAGAAAUGCAACCAUAUAUUGUGGCACUGAAAUUUUGUCGCUUGACUGGGAAUGUAAAUCAGAUCGACUGCUUCUUAUAGGUACAUCUGAUGGGUGCAUCAAGGCAUGGAAUGUGGAUGCAAAGAGAGUCGUCUGUGACCUCAACACAACUGAAGCAUUUCCAAGUGUAUUGGACAUAAAGUGCAGUCCUGUGGAACCUAUUUUUGUGUCUGCAGCUGCAUCUGGAGGGGCUGGUUCCAAUUAUAUGGACAACCUGGGUUUUGCUUCACUAACUGUAUGGAACAUGAAGACGUGGAAAGCCAUGACAGUCCUUCCUCUUGGAGAAGAUCCGCCAGCAAUUACUUCUCUAUGCUUUAAUCACAAUGGAAAGAUUUUGGCAGCUUCUGCCAUUGAUGGAAUGAUUCACAUGUUUGACAUGUCUGCUGGUCUACAAAUAACUGGCUGGCCUGCACAUGAUUCUUCCAUCAGUUCCAUUCUUUUUGGACCAGACGAGACUAGCAUUUUUAGCCUGGGCUCUGACGGGAAGAUUUUUGAGUGGAGUUUGCAAAAUCAAGGUCAAAUCCUGUGGUCGAGAGACUGUAGUAGGUUCUGUUACCCCCUCAACGGUUCAAAAUAUUCCAGACAUGAGAUGGCAUUAGAUGCAAAUGGGAGGAGACUCUUGGUAACAUCCAGUUCAGUGCGAGCACCCAUAUACCAGGUUCAUGGCCAUUUGAGUGGAUGGAAAACUCUGCCACACAGUGCUCCUAUUACUGCUGUGGAUUGGCAUCCAACCCUACCUAUUUUCUUGACUGGAUCUGCUGAUAAUUCUGUCCGAGUAACAUCUUUAUCAUAGUAUCGCGUUGUAUCUUGUAGUUUUUCAUUAUUCUUUCUCGAGACUUUAUUGGACUUUUAUGUUGUAAUAAUGGCGUUCUCUGUUCUCUCUGUUUUCUCUGUUUUCAUUAAUCUUAUGCUGUCGGUAUAUUUCAGUCUGCAAAAAGGAUGUGCAUAUUUAUUAUGCAAUGGGCUUGGGUAUGCUGUAUUUCUACUUGAGUAAAAAAACAUCAAAUAUGGUCUCAAAAAUUGACAUCA